AUGUUAGAGACUGUGGUAGUUAUUGAUGAUGUAUCUAUUGAUUGUACUUCUUAUGGUUCUGAAAAUGAUAGUGAUACUUCUAGUGAUAACUCUGAUUAUAAUUCUGAAGAAUUGGAGGUUCUUGCACAAGAAAGGAGGAGGGUAAUUGAUGGUAGCUUGUGUGAUUACAUAGAUUUACACAAGUCAAUGACAUUUAAGGAUAUAGCUGAAGCUAGAAGAUACAUUAAUUUGCAUUCAUUGGCAAAUGGCUAUAAUUUAACCAUUAAAAAAAGUGACAGAAAAAGACUUAGGGUUGUUUGCAAAGAAAAAUGCAACUUUGUAUGUCUAAUUUCUGGUGAAAAGCAUGCUGCCGGUGUUAGAGUGAAAACAUUGAAAGGAGAGCAUAAUAAAUGUAAUGAUCCAUGUGGCAACAACAAGGUUAGUGCAACUAUAAUUGCCUUUUACUUUAAGGAGAAGUUGCAGGCUAAUCCCAAAUACAAGAUAAAGGAAAUGAGAGUUGAUAUGAAAACUGCUUUCAACAUUAAUGCUCAUUUUGAAAAGUGUAAGAGAGCUAAAAGAAUGAUUUUGGAGGACAUGGAAGGCAGUUUUUGUGAUGAUUAUAAGAAAAUUGUUGGGUAUGCAAAUGCUUUAAAAAAGAGUAAUCCAGGAACUGAUGUUGUCCUUAAGGUUUCAAGAAAUGCAUUAGAAGAUGGAAAAAGAAAAUUUUCGAGGAUGUACAUUUGUUUUGAUGCAUUGAAGAGUGGAUUUAAGAAUGGGUUGAGACCUUUCAUUGGCCUAGAUGGUACAUUUUUGAAGGGUAAAGCUAAAGGUCAAUUGUUAUCUGCUAUUGGUCAAGACUCAAUGAACCAUUUCUAUCCUAUUGCUUGGGCUAUUGUGGACAGAGAGUGCAAGGCAUCUUGGGUGUGGUUCUUGGAAUUACUUCAGAAGUCUCUAAACAUCAACAGUGGAGAAGGAAUCACAUUCAUGUCUGAUAUGCAAAAGGGAUUAAUUGAAGCUGUUAAAAAUAUUUUACCUAAUGCUAUGCAUAGAUUUUGUGUGAGGCACAUAGAGGCCAACUGGAGAAAAAAAGGUAAGAGAUCUAAAAUGAUGACUAAGGUAUUGUGGUGGUGUGCAUGGAGCACCUACAAAGAGGAGUUGGAUGAUUAUUUGAAGACCUUAGGUCAACUGUCUGAAGAAGCAAAAGACCAUAUGUUGCAUUUUCCAAUACAAACUUGGUGUAGAGUAUUUUUUGACACUGUUUGCAAGAACAGUAAGGUGGAAAACAAUUUGGUUGAGUCAUUUAACUCUUGGAUAUUGGAAGCAAGACACAAGCCAAUAAUUGGUAUGCUUGAGGAUAUAAGAAUCAAUGUUAUGACCAAGUUUGUCAAAAAUGAAGAUGAACUGAUGACUUGGAACUGUGAUUGGAGUCCUAUAGCUAUUGAAAUGUACAAUGAAUUCUUGAAGAUUGCUAAUGUGUGUGAAUUAAAUUUCAAUGGAGAUGAUGGAUUUGAGGUAAGUGAAGGAAAUGACAGACACAUUGUCAAUUUGUCAGCUAAGAAAUGCACAUGUAGGGUAUGGGAUCUUACUGGAAUACCAUGUCCCCAUUCAAUCAAGGCUCUUCUUUACAAGAAUCUUGAUCCAUUGGAAGAGAUUCACUGGUGGUACUCUAAGGAGGCAUAUCUUUUGACUUACCAUUGUAAGCUACAACCAGUGCCUGGUCAAAAGUUUUGGAAAAUUGAAGCUGAACAGGCAAUGGAACCACCAGAAUUGGUAAACUUAGUUGGCAGACCUAGAGUGAAUAGGAAAAGAGAUAAAGAUGAAGCACUUAAGAGACAAACUGAGUGGGUUGCACCGAGAAGAAGGAGAAAAAUAACAUGUUCAAACUGUGGGAUUCUUGGACACAAUGCAAGAGGUUGUCAUAAGUUUAAUCAGAAUAGUGAAGAAGGCACUUCUAAUACUAGACAAGUUAAGAGUAAGAAGAAAAAGAUGGAUAAACAAUGUGACAAGGGAAAAAAGCAAACAAAUGAGAGGCAGAAGACACAACCUACUCAAGAUUGCGCAUCAGAUGAAGAUGAAACUGAAAAUAUGUUGGAGCAAUUAAGAAAAGAAAAGAUGGAUAUGCGAUCCAACAAGGAAAAGAAACAAGGAAAAGAGAGGCAUAGAACACUAAUUGAUGAAGAAGAUGUUGAGGACUUUCCCUUAACAGCUCCACAGCCUACUCAAGAUGAAGAUGAAGAUGAAGAUUUUGAUAUUGAUAUUGAUGUUGAGGAUGACAUGCCAUGGAAGCCAAGAGAUUUUUCAGAGUUGAAUUCUAGAAUCCAACAAAGACAGAAUCAGGCACGACCUACAGGAUCAAGAAGAAUCAACUUCCUUGGAGAUGGUCCGAGUGUACCAAGUGAUUUGUAUGCACCAAAGGGACUUACGUGGAAGGGCAAUGCAUCUAUUACUGGAAGAAUGUUGGAGCAAUCAAAAGUGGAAAAACUUAAGACAAAAAAGGAUAAUGGCAAGGCACAACAAUGACAAGUUCAGUAAUGAAGACAAUAUUUUGUUAUUUUGUUUCAUGUUAUUGAGAUACUAAUGGCAUACAAAAACAUGUUUAUGUGUUUAAAAGCUUUUUGUAUUUGCACUAACUUCUUUUGGGGUAUGUACUAAACUAACUUCUCUAUAUUCAAAUCAGUUUUUUGUCAUUAUAUAUGAAGUGUUCAUCGUGUUCUGUAAA